AUGGGUUGUCUCCAGAUCAUGUGGGCACUGGGCUCAGGUUCUCUCAUUUCUAUAAUGGGAUUUGUUAAUGGAGGCAUUCAGCUACUAUCCUCAGGUUGGUUAUCCCAGCCCACAGUGAAGUGGAAAGGCCUGCUGGGACAUGAUUUAUCUUCAGAUUCCAAGGUAACUGCAGACAGACAUAGCCCAUUUGUUGUCAACUCCUCAUUUGUAGUCCAAGAGAAUGUUGGAAGCAUAUCAUACUCCAUUCAGCACCCUGACCCUGACCUGAGCCAAGAGUUAGAAUCCAGAGUAUGGAUAAGAGUGGAGGUAACUCUGGACCCAGACACAGCUCACCCACAGCUCUACAUUUCUGAUCUGAAAGCUGUAACAUAUAAGAAAAUGUCCCAGGAGGUGCCUUUCACAGAGAAGAGAUUUAGGAGGAAAUGUGUGGUAGCUUCUCAGUGUUUUCAGACAGGGAAGUGCUACUGGGAAGUUGAUGUAGGACACAAUGAAAAUUGGUUCAUGGGGAUAUGUCAGGAUAAUGAAUCCAGGAAGGCAAAGGACUUAAAUUUGUCUGCCCCAAAUGGAAUCUGGAUCCUUGGACAGUGUAAAUAUGAGCAUUUUACAUUAAAUACCCACAGAAUCAGUAUCUUUUGUAUGCCCUUUACAAUAGUGGGUAUCUUCCUAGACUAUGAGGGUGGGACCAUCUCUUUUUUCAAUGUAAAUAAUCAGUCCUUCAUUUAUACCAUGGCAACUCAGUUUAAAGGUUUAUUGAGGCCAUUUAUAUGUGUAAGCCAUAAGAAUGAAAAUAUGACUCCCAUAAUCAUCUCAGAGGUCAGAAGAGAAGCCUCUUUUCAAAGGAUCCCCACAUCCCCAAACACAGACCAAGAACCUCCCCACAGAUGA